AUGUUGAUGGACAUCAAGGACCGCCUCAAAGACCACGUUACUUGUCUUGUGGAUACAUGGAGGGCAGUGGGUGUAGACGUAGACGGUCUCCCAGAUGUUGCAAAGCUAGUGGAUGAACUUCUAUCCUCUGCUCGGAUAACUACAGAAGAACUCACGCCCUUAGAGUUACACGAGAACUUAUCACGAUUUCUGCUUGAGUAUAGUAAUCCCAUUCUGCUCUCUAUUAUGGCUCCUUUCAUAGAAUUUCGUGACAACACCCCACUUCUAACCAUCAAUCAAUGGAGCAGUCGUAUCAAGCCGUCAGAGCCAGCUACCGACAUGUUCACGGACUCAUUUAUGCAGGAAUAUAAAAACACCCAACUUCUCGCAGAUAACUUGCGACGGAAGUUUCAUGCCAAGGAUAUAGAGGACAUAGAGGCUUGGGAGGGGUGCCACGAUCUAUACGAUCCUGGCACAGUUAAGUCACGUCUUCCGUAUCCAAAAACAGUGCCUAUUUAUUGUACGCCCGGAGAAAACUUGGAGCUGUCAACAGUUGUCCCUCAAGAGAAAUUCUUCUCAAAUUGGCACUUGUUGACAAACGGAAUCCUUGACGGCAUGGACUGGUCGAACGUGGUGGCUGCAGGUGGUGCUGUUCUUGCGUGUGUGCUGCCAGGAUUCAGUCCAGAGGAGUAUGGGGAUGAGGGACGCAAAUUUGAGGCUCUAAUUAAUGACAAACUUACGCUACAUACAGGACAUCGUACAGAAGUAGCUCCCCACUAUAUCUGCGGACUCAACGGGUUCUGGACUUCCGAUAUCGACCUUUUCAUUCAUAGUUGUUCUGUUGAAGAAGCUAGGAAGGUUAUCGACCGAAUUAUCGAUACGGUAACUAAGAACAAUGCAUCCGCAACCAUCAUGCGAUCCUCCUUUGCUGUAACCAUUUUUGGACUUAAUCCCCAUAGAGAUGUCCAGAUAGUCUUCAGGCUUUAUUCACGUCCAUGUGAGGUAAUAUAUGGCUUCGACAUUGACUGUUCCGGAGUUGCUUUCGAUGGCACCUCUGUCUAUGUAACCCCCCGCUGUCUUCAAUCGUUACGCUGCCGUCUUAAUGUCGUUAACAUGACCUACAGAAGCACAACGUAUAGCUCGCGUCUCAUAAAAUACGCGUAUCGUGACUUUGCUAUCGCUGUUCCAGGAUACGAUAGAAAUAUGGGAAUACCACACCUUAUUCCUUCAAAGGCGGAUUUCUCCCACAUUAAGAUAUGGAAUAGCACUGCGGUUUCAAAGCACACUCGUGCAGAUGUCGAACAGCGCUAUAUUCGUUGUCUAGCGGAUAUCAGAACGUCGGGUGCAACAUCUUGUUUGCGGACCAAGGCCGCACCAGAGCUUUCUGCAAUUAUCGCUGAGGACAUAACGAUCCAUCACAUGCUCUACUGUUCGACAUCUCGCGACCCAGUCGGCAAGAAUCCUCGUCCGCUCUGCAUAGGAGGCUUUCGAGGCUCCUCCUGCCAAUGCAAAAUAGCUAAGUCGUUGAAGGACGAUCUCAUUUCGUUUAUUAUCACUGUAGCUGUGCGAGGCGACAUUGCCAAUGCAGUAACAUCCAGGACCUUAGCCAGUGAGCGUAGGAGCUUUGCACAGGGGCGCCGACACUAUAUUGAUAGGGAGGAUGUGACACAUGGUCUCGUUGAAAAUGCUCCUUUGGAAGACAAUAGUGUCGAGGCUGUUUAUCGAAUUAUUAAUGCCGAUUCUCGUGGUCUUGAUCCUCUUUCUAUUGCCUAUCAUCAUCAGCACGACUAUGCGACCCCAUCGUCCACAGGCUUCCAUACAAAGUCCUCUCUGCAGUGGGCCGACAAGCACCCACGGUGCGUCAAUGGAAUCUUUAUCGGGCUUCUAGACUACGUUAUGGGAGCAUCCCCUGUCACCUUACUGGUGGACAAUCCUGGGCGCCAGGGGCUUUUGACAUCUAGCUUCCAUCCCUUGCUCACCAAUGGGUUCUAUGGGGAUAUGCGAUGGCUGGUGGGGCCACACACAUACAUCGAUCUUUCAGCGCCGUCGCGCCCCAACGUUUCAUACAAUCCUGAAAGCCCCCAUUUAUUAGACUUGCUCUUCCGUAUUACUCAUUUCUACUCGCAUCCUUCAUAUUUUGCAAGAAUACUGGAAGCAUCCGCUGAAGAACAAAGCUGUCGAAAAUUGGCAGAUGCAGCACUACAAUGCACCUCUACAGAGUUCACUUCGUUUGCCAAUAUCUACAACAUCUUACAAGAUGGAAAGAAAGCUGCUGAACGCGGGCUUUCGGUCUGUGAAGAGAGCGUAAAGCAGCUUAGCGAUCUUGAAAGCGCUUCUCAAUCGUAUGUAGGAUCUCGCUGUGUGUUCAAUGGCCUGAGCUUAACCCUUUUAGAUGUCUUUGACAUGAUUAACAACAAACAGCUGGAAGCCAAAAGCAGCGCGGACGCCGUUUUCGGCACGCAGUAUGACAUUUUCAAAUCUGUGGUACGCUUCUUCACAUGCAUUAACGAUAGGAGGCAUGCCUUAGCUACCUGGAAAAAGGACUAUGACAGGCUUUCCUCCUUGCUGAUAGAGUUCAAUAGCCUUAUGAAUAACGUUAGAGUUUCGCUCUUGAAGGGCGUCCCAUUCAAGAGCGAAUGUUUUCGGAUUGAUAGUUCUGUGGCAUUUUCGCAGGAUUGGCUUUCUUUGCGUCAGCAGCUCGCAUCUAAGUUUUAUUCUUACGCAGCUGAUAAUUCCUUUGUGUCUCUGAAGAUAGACUUUGUGGUGCCCAGCUUAUUUGAUGCCGUUCCCUCACUAAGGUCUAUGAAGGACAAUGCAAAUCUCGAUGUGUCUGAGGGAUUACUUAAACGUUCAGGCGAUGGGCUUCCUCAUAAGUAUGCCUACGCAGUCCCGGUACUAGAUAGUUUAGUUCACAUGGAUAACUUCUUUUGUAUUGUUCACGCAGAUACAGAGCCUACGUUGACGAGGCGUGUCGACGAGCUUUCUAGCUAUUUAUCUCAAGCACUUACAAUGGCUCCAGACUUCUCUGCAGGCUAUGCAGAGGUCUCUAUAGUCGGCGAACCCCUGCUCUCCGUCUUAACGGCUGCAUAUUCUUUAGACGAAGUUCUGCAUUUGUUUAAGAGUAUCUUAUCCGUGCUGAGGAUGUCCAAGCAUGCAAUUCUGGAUUCCUUGCUGCGCAAUGCUUAUGUUGUGGAUAGAAGUCAUGUAGUUGUUGUGUCUGCCCCAUCAACUCACGUAGACAGGUAUGCGGCAAAUCUCCUCUGCUGUCUCAAAGUCAUUCAACGAAUAUGCGCUUCUCUUCUGCCGUUCAAUCACCCCACCCUAGAAUGUUUGCAACACGCGGUCUCUGCCGAGGAUACCCCCGGUAUAAUCGAUUCACUUGUCGAGUCUAUUUUUGCAUCUGCAGCCGUCUCAAUGCACGGUGUUUUCCAGGCAAUCCCCUUGCCACGUUGCGAUAUCAUCAAUAUCAUUUAUAAAGGAAUCACAAAGGAAUCUAGUGCGAAUACAGUUACUCAUUUACUAAAAGGAGAACUGACGGCUCUGAAUCUUCUCUCUGUCUUCAAACCUGGUGCAACGUUCGCAUCUCUGGCAUCUCAUGCGUAUACCUUCUCGACAGAAGCUGGGGAUCUUACCGAUGCUGAAUAUAGCUCUCUCCUUUUAAAAGCUUGUGCAGAAGAACAUGUUCUUAUCUAUGAUGGUAACACUAAACGGUACACCCUUCCAGCAGGGGAGAUUUCAGCAGUAACAGUGGAGAUUCUGCGUAGGCUUGGACGCCUUCUUAGCUGGGCCUUUUUGCACAGAAGAUGUCUGCCCUUGCACUUAUCAAAUUUGAUGGUAGCUCUUUUGAAGUUUGGGUCCACCUAUACAUACGCAGAAGAAACUCUACAUGCUGUGCUUGCUGAUGCUGAUAAUUCUGAUGCUAUCGCCUCGUCUAUAAAAUGCUUUGUAGAUUCAUCUGUCAAUUGCAUAACUGAGUUUGUUUCCAAUUCUACUGGAAUUAGAUAUGUCUUGAAAACCGACGGAGAUGCACCCAUAGAAGCCAUACCAACAAUACACAUUUCGUCUAAGAAGAGGUUCGCUGCCCUCUACUACACCAACGAAUUAAUACAUAACAAAAUGAUGUCAAUCCGUGCCUUUUUGGAGUGUUGGGAUAGUAUUGAUGUAUUAGGAAGAGUGGGAGAAAUGGUUGGGAUCAAUCUUAGGUCAGCGCUUAACGUGGGGCAAUUGCGGCUUUUGCUAAUGGAUGACACAGACCCUACUCUGUAA